AUGUCAAAAUACGAUAAAUUUGGAGUUGCCAUUAGAAUCGCAAAAGAUGCUAGCCAUGAUAUCCUUGAAGAUUUCAGAAAUGUGUCAUCAAAGAUUGAUGGUAAACUUGAUUCUCUUGAUAAACUUCUCGAUGCAAUAGAAUAUAAUUUGAAAAAUCACAAUAAAUUGCUAGCAAAAUCAGUAUCAAUUGAAACUUUCAAAUCUGAACUCGAUUCAAUUAAAGAAAUGAUGUCAAAACAAAAAGAUUUGCAAGAUGAAAUUAAUAAAUUAGUCGAAUUGCAAGAUGAACAGAAAAAACGAAAAGCAGCUCAAAAAAUUACAGAAACCAAGAAAGAAAAUACAGUCAUAGAAGUUAAACCACCAAAUCCUCCUCAACCAAAGCCAAUUAGUGAAGAGGAAGAAAGAAUUAAAAGGUUGAUGGCUUUUAUUGGUGUAUCAGAUAGUGAUUUAUCUCCGGAAAUCGAUUUAGAUCGAUUUUUAAAGCUUCAAUAUUUCGUUGGAAAAUCAGAUGAAUCAUAUUCUCCCCAAGAAUUUUAUUCAGUUGCUAUGAAGUUUUUGAAUAGCCCUGAUCUUGUCGAAGUUUAA